AUCGAUCACCUACUUCUCCCUCCAAACAAAAUUAUGGUCAACUUGUGUUAAUUGUUUCUUAAUUCGUUUUCCAGUCAUUGAUCGACAAUACGAUGCAUGCAUCCACACUAACAUGAUUAACGUACCCUCAUCAUCAGCGUCUCAUCUCUCACCUCACCCGCUUUCCUUACAAACAUGGACGCCCCAUAUUUCUCUGCAUCUCUAUUUUCCAUCCACCUCAUCUCCUUCUUCAUCAUCUUAACAGUACUAACCACACCAUCUUACUGCAUCGACGAUGAUCCCUUCGUGGAGUGCGGUCGUCCCUACGGCUGUGGAAGCUUCAGAAACAUCUCGUUCCCUUACUGGGGAGGUGGUCGGCCGGACUAUUGCGGGCAUAGGGAUAAGGGGUACAAGUUGGAGUGCGUCAAUAAUGAAUACCUUGUUUUGCGAUUUGAAGAGCUAAAGUUCCGGGUACUGAAUUUCAACCAGAGUACAAACAAUAUGACCAUUGCAAGAAUGGACCUCUUGGAAAAUCUUUGUCCUGAAAAAAAGCUGACUACCGCUUUGAAUUACACCUUGUAUGAUUAUACUUCAACCAUUCAGAACCUAACUUUAUUCUAUGGCUGCCCUCCAGCCGUCCAUAUACCGGCUAGCAAUAGUUUCAAAUGCAGCCCAGGAGAUUCGAAUAUUAAUGCUUAUUUCGUAGACGACCUUUUGCCGCCCGGUAUCAAUCUAUCUGAAUUUAACCAAUCGUGUAAAGCUACUAUGAAAGUUCCCAUUUUCAAAACGACUGCUUUCAAUGAAGUCCCUCAUGUGGGUGGAGCAGCACCGUUACUGGAGGAAGCUCUUAAUGAAGGGUUUGAGGUGGAAUACCCUCAAUCGUUGCUGGUUGCCUGUAGGGGGUGUGAGCACUCAGGUGGGAGAUGCGGCUCUAAUAGCACCUCCCAGUUUGUCUGCUAUUGCCGUGACGGAAUGCAAUUUCUUAAUUGUGGUCCAAACAACUCAGACGCUAGACGGAAACCGAACUGGCGGAUGAAGAUUGGCAUAGUUGGUUUAUCUGCGGUAAUUGGAGUUCUGAUAAUUGGCCUCUGCUUCAAGAGAAAAAUGAGAUCCAUUAAGAUUAUUCAAUUUUUUAAUAAGGAAAGUCUAACGCAUCAGAGUGUCGAGACAUUUCUAAGGAACAAUGGACCCUUUUCAGUAAGAAGAUACAGUUACUCAGAUAUCAAGAAAAUGACCAACUUCUUCAAGGAUAAAUUAGGCCAAGGAGGCUUUGGUUGCGUCUAUAAGGGAAAGUUACAAGAUGGUUCUUUUGUAGCAGUGAAAGUUUUGAAAGAAUCAAAAGGCGAUGGAGAGGAAUUCAUUAACGAGGUUACAAGCAUUAGUAGGACCUCCCAUGUCAACAUUGUUACUCUUAGAGGCUUUUGCUUCGAGAGUUCUAAAAGAGCUCUCGUCUACGAGUUUAUGCCUAAUGGAUCUCUCGAGAAGUUCAUAUACAAAAAAGCUCCACAAAAAAUUGAUCAUCAAUUAGGAUGGGAAACAUUAUAUAUGAUUGCAGUUGGCAUAGCUCGAGGAUUAGAGUAUUUACAUAGAGGUUGUAACACAAGAAUCUUGCAUUUUGACAUUAAGCCUCACAACAUUCUUCUGGAUGUGAACUUCUGUCCAAAGAUUUCUGAUUUUGGCCUUUCAAAAAUAUGCCCAAGAGAAAAUAGUAUCAUAUCAAUGUUGGGUGCAAGAGGGACUGUGGGAUAUAUAGCUCCGGAAGUAUUUUGUAGAAAUUUUGGAGGGGUCUCUCAUAAAUCUGAUGUUUAUAGCUACGGAAUGAUGGUUUUAGAAAUGGUUGGGGGUACAAAUAAUAUAGAUGCUGAGACUGAUCAUACCAGUGAAACAUACUUUCCACAUUGGAUAUACAGGAACCUUGAGCUAGAUAAAGAACUAUGGAUGCAAGGCAUCAUAAAUGAAGAGGAUGAACAAAAUGUAAAGAAGAUGAUACUGGUGGGUUUGUGGUGCAUACAGACCAACCCAUCAAAUUGGCCAACAAUGAGUAGAGUUGUGGAUAUGCUGGAAGGAAGCCUCAACUCUUUGCAAAUCCCACCGAAGCCUUUUUUGUCUUCCCCAUCACGAUCUCUAGAUAAUUCUUUAACUGAAGUGGUUCUCCACUUUGAUUCUAUGAUACCCUAAAAACCAUCUUUUCCUUAGAAGAGGAAAUCUUAAUCCUUGGUAGUAACCGAGUAUUUGUGUGAUUUAUAUCAUGUUUUAGCUUGUGAUCAAAAGACCUUAAUUACCAUGGAAGACAACUAUAUUUGAUUUGCCUCAAA